AGUGCUUUUUUCUUCCACGAGACGUAGACGUGAGAGUGUAGACCGUAAAAAAACAACGGGCUAAAGUACGAACGAACGACGACGACGGAUAGCGAGAAAAGAAUACAAAAGAUAAACUACUUUUGGCAACACCACACGAAAACAAGAAAUUAUAAAAAUAAACAAAGAAAACAUAUUUUUUUCGGUGUUAAAUUUGUUAAAAAACGAACAAACAAAAAUUUGUUAACUCGCUUUAACGGCAGUUGGCCUUACGGUUUUUGUUUUUUGGUGAGACUGAAAAAAGAAAAAGACGUUUGUCCUGAUUUCGUGCCGUGCGAUUGUGAAUGGACAAUUCGUGUCAAAAUACCUACCUUCCUAUCGGAAUUUCCCCAAAAUCCUUUUUAAAGUGGAUGACCAAAGUGUGCUUCUAAAACAAAAUAAAAAGCAAAAAUAAAAUCCUUGGAAACCGUUAGCAUAAAUAUCUAUACCAACCUAUACCUGUUCGCCAGUGAGAUAAUGUUAUAUCAUGGAUAUUUUGGUGACAAUGUGCAACGCAUGUAACAGAUCUAAAACGUAUCCUUAUCGGUUGGUGAUGAUGGCGUGUCCUUGAAUGGGUACGACACCCUUGCGCCCCCGCCCAACUCGCAACUCGCAAAGGUUUUCAUUCAUCUAUGUUUUGUUCAGUCAGUGAGUGAAUCCUUGAAGUGGUGAAAAACAACGAAAGCACAUAAAGCACCUACCUAUACAUCCAGGAACAAAUAUGUAUAAAGUUCCAGGACCAAUUUAGUCCUUAUAGCAUACUUUUUUUUUGUUUAUUUGUUUUCCUUUUGUUUUAUGUUUCGGGGAAAAGAAAAAUAAAUUUUCUUUGCAAAGUUUUCCGCGUGUGUGUGAGCUCUAUUUUUUCAUCAAAUAGUGUGUUCUCUUCUACAUUCAAUACAUAAUAUUCUAUUCCAUGUGCCUCUCUACAGUGUGAUAGUCCUUGUUAUAUUUUUAUAUCUAUUUUUUCGAUUAAAUUUUUAAUUUUCUUACCUUUGAUUCGUAUGAAAAGAUUUGUUUGUUGAAAAAAUAAUAAUUGCCAUCCUGUCGAAGUUUCUAAGCAAAAUCUGUGCAAUCUGCACCAACAAGUGGAGUAGCAGCAGUAGUGCAGGUGGCAGUGGCAGAAACAGUAGUAGCAGUAGCAGUAGUAGUAGCAGUAGCAGGUGCAAGCAUAUCAAGCGAUACAUCACAGCAAUGUCGAUGGCGGUGGCAGAGGACGAAGAUUCCUAUUGCAAAGGAAGUGAUGAUAAUGAAGUACCUGAAGAAAAUUACAGCCUGCCGUACCAGAAUUCGAAUGGUUCAAGUAAUGGAGAAGCUGUAAUACUAAAACUAGAUGUUCCAGUGCCUUUGCGUGAAGAACCAAAAUUUCCUAAAGAAAAAUGGAAAACAUUUAUUGCAUUUGUGAUAUUAUUAGUUAAUUUUAUUUUGGCAACAGUUUCAUUAUCUUUGGUCCAUGAAAGAUUACCCGAUCGAAAUAUUUAUGGGCCAUUGCCAGACGUAUUCUUAGAUAAUGUUGAAGCACAAGAUUGGGCAUUGUAUGUUAGUGAAAUUCUAAUCAUGGUGACCGUUAAUACAUGCAUAUUGCUGACAUUGUUACAUAAACACAGAUUCAUUAUCAUGCGGCGAAUAUUUCUCAUUUUGGCCGUCCUAUACUUUAUGCGUUCGAUCACCAUGUACGUGACAGUGUUACCAGUUUCCAGUAAAACAUACAUUUGCAGUCCAAAACUAAAUACUACAGCCACACCAAUGGAGAUCAUAAGCAGAGCCUUCCAACUUAUGUCUGGCUUUGGAUUGUCAAUUAAUGGAAAGCACACGUAUUGUGGAGACUACAUCUACAGUGGACAUACCGUCAUGCUAGUGCUUGGGUACCUAAUCAUUACAGAGUACUCACCGAGAAGAUUUUUCGUAUUACAUUGGAUUGCCUGGGUUUCGGCCUUUAUUGGGGUUCUGUUCGUUCUGUUGGCACAUGGUCAUUACACAAUUGAUAUUCUGAUUGCAUAUUAUGUGACGACGCGACUCUGGUGGACCUAUCAUACGCUGGCAAAUAAUCAUUUUCUACUUAAGCCGGGCGCAAAUAAUUAUAUUGGUCGCGAAUGGUGGUAUACAUAUUUUAAAUACUUUGAGAAAAACGUCCGAGGACCUGUUCCGCGUCAAUACGAAUGGCCUCUACCAUGGCCACGUAACUUCCAUUCAAAACUACCAAACCGAGAAAGUUAACAGCUAGCACGAGUCUGACUUUUAGUUAAUAACACAACAAAAAGUCGAAUUUUCAGCACUUUCAAUAAUAAUACAAAUAAUCCUCACCAAGCCAUUCGCACUACAUCUUCAAUAAUAACUCAUCAAUCAACUUACAACAACAAUAACAACAACAACAGAACUAACAAACGAAAAUUUCAUCUCUCAUCAUCGAAAACAAAGCUGAACAAUCGUUUCGAAUCCAAUUCCUCAACAACUACUACUACUCCUGGAGAGGAUGGUGUUUAUUAUUCUAAAAGUUGGACACAACACACAAGUGCCCAUAUCCAUCAGUUCAACUCUGGAACUCUCAAGGCUAUGCAAACCAUAAUAUGGGACUACUGUGUACUAUUGGUAUUCAUUUUAGGCGGCCAUAAGAGCAUUUAAUCAUCAACUCUGGCCGCCACAGCUGAACUCGCAAAGGUUUUCUACUACAUCUCAACUUUAAAUCUUAAUAAUAAUUUUAAAAAUGUUAAGCAAUUUUUUUUAAAGCUGACAUUUUCUAUAGAAGAAACAAAAACACACAACAUAUAGAACCAACAAAUUAUAUAUAUAUAUUACAAUAAAGUUUGUUACUAAAAAGAAAAUACAAAACUCAUAUAUAAAUGUGUUACUUAUAUAUACUGCAUAGAACUAAGACUCAUAUACUAAAAAAAAAAUAUAUUAUAUAUAUAUACAGAAGAUGUAAAUAAAAGAACAAAAAUAUAUAACUUCCCACAUUUCAGCGCCUAAAACAUACAUAAAUAUAUAUAAACAAUUUGUUUUCUAUUGCAUACGUGUAGGAGCUUGAGAGAGAAAUUUAUAUAUUUUAAAUGCCAAAAAUGGAUUUGUUUCAAUUAAAAAAAAAAAAAAAAAGAAAGAAGAAAUUAAAAACAUUAAAACAAUUAACAAUAAGAGUAACAAAAUGAAAUUAAAAAUUUAAACAAAUAAAAACGCUUUUUUUACUUUAACCGUUUAGGAUUUAGUUUGUAUCUUUUAGUUUUGUAAAUUUAUGUAAAUAGUUUUAUUAUUAUUAUUAUUAAAAAAUUAUAUUCAUAUUAUAUGUAAAUUGUUGGUCUUACCAUUCAAUUUAAAUUCUUUUCACUUUGCCUUAACAAUAAUUAUUUUUUGUUUUUGCUCUUAAAUAUUCUUGUAGUUUUUUCAACCAUACCCCUCCCCAAGUUCAUUGAAUUGAUUGAAGGAGAAGCCUUUUUCGAAAAUUUGCCUUUUUGUACACAAAGUAAAUAAAUAAAAAUAAAUUACUAAAAAAACAAAAACAGAACAACUAACACUAUACUAUGAUAAAUUAUUGCGUCUGAUUGUAUUUUAGAAAAUUGUAAAAAUUGUUUAAGUUGUCUUCCUGAUUUUGUAGAACAAGAAAAUAAUAUAUAUAUACCUAAUGAAAACGAAACAAACAACAAAAAUUACAUCCCACCCUUUGAAAAGAAAAUUAUAUAUUCUCAAAAAUAGGGUUAAAAAGAAACAUUAAUUUUAAAAUAUUAAUUAAUACAAAUAUAGGUAUAUUAUAUAUAUUUUAAAUUGUUUAAUUGGAAGAGGAAAAAAUUAAGAGAAAAAAAAACUUUUUGUUUGAUUUGAGUCUCAGUUUUAAAUAUUUUGUAAGCUGUUAAUGUUAAAAACAAAAAAGAGGUAAACAAAAUAUAUUGUACCAUUUGAAUGAUAAGAAAAGGAAA